AUGAAAUUCUCAUUGAUUCUGAUUACAACAAUUCUCCUCAUCAGCAUUGUUCAUUCGCAUUCGUAUUCUUUGACCUCUCUUCUGAGAAAACGCACGACUGAUGAUACAAACAUACACAAAGCAUCAUGCAUAGUAGUCGCUGAAUUUUUGAUGGACUUAUUCAACGAUCCGGAUCUACAUUUAUCAUCGAAACAGAUGCGUCUGAUACCAACACUAAAUAUAAGAAAACUUCGUCGACGCGGAUUCCUCGACGAUGAUUGUCCACCGGAAUAUCAAAAGUGGUUCAUGGAUUUAAUUCCAUUUGAAGAACUUCUCUCAACAAAACAAUUACAAAUACUCAAAUCAAAGUUAUGGUUCACAGAAUAA